GAACAAUCGUUCUCCUCUGUCUCCACAGACGGCCGGUUCCCAUCUGAGGGCAACAACAGAAACCUGGUGACCCGUGUCCAGGAGCUGACCUCGGCCAAAGAAGUGUGGUUCAGGGCGGCGGUGAUCGCAGUGCCGAUAGCAGGCGGCCUCAUAUUGGUGCUGCUCAUCAUGCUGGCGCUGCGUAUGCUGCGCAGCGAGAACAAGCGGCUUCAGGACCAGCGGCAGCAGAUGCUGUCACGGCUUCACUACAGCUUCCACGGCCACCACACCAAAAAGGGCCACGUGGCCAAACUGGACCUGGAGUGCAUGGUGCCGGUCACCGGCCACGAGAACUGCUGUCUGUCCUGCGACAAGAUGAGGCAAGCCGAACUGAGCAAUGACAAGAUCCUGUCUCUGGUUCACUGGGGGAUGUACAGCGGCCACGGCAAACUGGAGUUCGUAUGACUUCCUGCUGGGAAAUAUGUGACCGUCACCUCCUCACAAUUAAGCGGGGCCGCCUCUUAUUCGCUGGCUUGCUUUUCUCCUUAAAAGACAUUCCCAAAUUUCUGUCCUUUGGACAGUUGGGUAUGUGUUUUCAUUUUUUAAAAAUGGAACAUUUUAACCAGUGGCAAAAAAAAUACGAGACUGAUCUCAUGCCGUGUGGUUUUUGCUAGAGGAGCACUUUACUUGAAAAUGAAAGGCAAAGCAGUGAGAAGCUGUGUUUAGGUCGGAGACGGCCGCACUGAAGUGGAGACGAGGAGCUCCACCGCUGCGCCCGAGGAUCCUGGACUUUUUACACACUGAGCGCUGAAGGAUUCCAAAUCUGUCUUAUUUGCACAUUUGUAUAAAGAAAAGAAAAUGUCAUUCCUUAAAAAAAAGAAUCUUACACUGACAGCAGGGUACAAAAUGGACUUGUGUGAGGAGUAAAAAAAAAAAUUCAGUGUUUGACUGUAGGUGUGCACACUCCUCUGUGUACAUUUCACAAUUCAAGCUUAUUGUAAAGAUUUUAAAUAUAUAUAAAUAUAUAUUUUUGUCUGACAGAACUGACUGGUCUGUGUGUCUUGUUCUAGGUGAAAGUCCAACAUCUCUUUGUGAUCAGACUAUAAGCUUGAUUGUGAGUGUGAAAGAAAAUCUUCCAUUAAAAGUGUCUUUUUAUUUAUAUCA